AUGUCCACCUUGCCCUCAACAAGUGAUGCUCAAGGUAAUGAAUCACUAGCCAUGCAAUUUAUUCCAUCAAAAGGACUAUAUGUUUUAGUUACCGCUGCUAAUAUUUUGAACGAUACUACAGAAAUGAUUCAAGAUGAUUUAGCUCUGACAGCUUCAGUUUCUCAAUAUGUGUUGCCACCAUUAUCGAAUCAUCCGCUUUUAGCAUCACCCGAACGACUACCACUCACAAUACAACAAAAUUCACUUAAAUGUACAAGCACAACGUCUCAAGCUGUUCAUGGACAUCUGACACUAGGAAAAACAUUAACAAAAACAACAGCACCUCCAAUUAUUGCAAAUGCUAUUGGAAUUAAACAUGAAAAAUUACAAUUAAAUAUUGUUGAUAAAAAUAUUGCUGGUUCUUAUUUAUUUAUACUCGAUAAAAUGAAAUCAUCCAUUAAGACAAUACCAGAUAUAGUCAUUGAACCAAAAGUAUUAGCACAUGUUGAUACAAGUGUUUUAGAUGAUUUAAUUGAUAUUUAUCCAUCCUACUUUAAAAGUGCAAUAUUAAAAUUAGAUAUUGAAGGUUUUGAAGCGUAUGCACUUCAAAAUGCAAACAUUUUAUUUGAUAAAACAGAAAUACAUGCUAUUUAUAUGGAAUUUGGAAAAUUAAUUGAAUUGAAAUCGUCAAAUGAAAUGGUGGAGGCAAUUAAAUAUAUGAUUAAUUUUUUAAAAAUAAGAAAUUAUGAACCAUAUGAAGUAAAUGAUACAAUGUAUAAACAUUACAUGAAGCAAGAAAACAACUACAGCGUGACGUUAAACAUGGGACAGUGAUGAGAAAUGCAGAAGAUGAACAUAUAGUUGUUAGUGGGCAAGAACUACAACAAAUGGAAGAAGAAUAUGAAUUAGUAAAUGGGCUUUAACAUUAAAAUAGAUUACUGUUCGUUUUUGAAUAUAUAUGUGUUUUCUAUCCUUCUCUUUUACAUUAAACUACCGUU